CGUUCUCGGCGGCCGGGCCGCGUGGUUUUGCGCGUUGCAUUGCGGGAGCUCCUUCCUUUCCUCGCUGCCCGGCCAUCUUGGAGGUGCCUCUCUGGUAACGGCAGAGUCGACGUGAGCCGACAGGAUGGUGGCCGCCAAGAAGACGAAAAAGUCCCUUGAGUCCAUCAACUCUAGACUUCAGCUGGUUAUGAAAAGUGGUAAAUAUGUACUGGGAUACAAGCAGACUCUGAAAAUGAUCCGACAGGGCAAAGCCAAGUUGGUCAUCCUAGCCAACAACUGCCCAGCUCUAAGGAAAUCAGAAACUGAGUACUAUGCUAUGUUGGCCAAAACUGGUGUGCACCACUACAGCGGUAACAAUAUUGAAUUGGGUACAGCUUGUGGAAAGUACUACAGAGUGUGUACACUUGCCAUCAUUGACCCAGGUGAUUCUGACAUCAUUAGAAGCAUGCCAGAGCAAACCAGUGAGAAGUAGAUAUUGCUGAACUUUACAUUUUGUGUAAUAAAACUGGUUACAAAUCUA